UUAGGCCCGCUUCUACCAAUGCCGUUUAACUUUAACCGUAGUUUAAUUCCCUCUUCGUCCUUUUCUAACUACCUGCCUUAGAAAGAGACGAAGAGUGAGUUAAUCGACGAUUAAAUUAACUGGACUUUGGUCGAAGUGGCCCUUACAGUUGCUUAAUUACAUAAUAGAAUUUGCAAUUAUACUUUCUUUUGAAACGUAAUAAAAAUAGAAAACGUAAAAUGAUAAAUUGAUACUCGAGAUGAUUUGGUGUUGAUCCCGCCUCCUACAGUUAUGUGACAGCACGCGUGUAACGUUCAAUUAAUCAUCCAUGUACAUGUACGCGUUUAUCGCGAAAUACAUCAUCGAGAAACUUGCAUACUUGCGCGUUUCGAAAAUCGUGAAUGUUAUCUAAUUGUCGGGCGUCACGUUAGCACGUUGGCGAAAUUCCGCAAAUUUGGGCGAUAUCGGCAAUUGCACGUGCCAACUUAAUUUGUGCGGGGUCGUCCAACAAAUCUCUUCCAAGGAUGUCGAUAUGUAGCUAUGCGGUGGCUGUUGUAAUCGCGCGUCGGAAGCGCGCGCGAUACGUGUUCGGACACGUGCUCGGACACGUCGUCUAUCAUCGCUCUGCCUUUGGAAAAUUCGUGUCGUUAAUAAAAACAUGAUGGCCUCGAAUGAAUACGUGAGCAAUGAAACGGAUGAUAUACGGGGAGAAUGGAGGGAGAGUUUACGGAAGCGGCUUGUUAUAGUGGUAGAUUCAUCCAAAUGCAGUUGCACUGUAGCCAGUUGAAGAAGAGUAAUAUAGUGGCAGUGCAGACAUCGGCAGACUAUCGGCAUCGAUAGAUAUCGAGAAAAUGACUACAUUAUACUGGUUUUGUAUUUCACUACUGUGUUAUGGAUUUAUCACUCAAACAAAUGGUUUAUUUCGCACACGCGGGAUAUUACAUCCGAGGAAGGAUCCUAAUUUACUGAUCGAAAAUUACGUAAGGGAAAACGGCUAUCCUUUCGAGCUUCAUCAUAUAACAACCAAAGAUGGAUAUAUAUUAGCUUUGCAUCGGAUACCAUCUACUGAUCCGAAUAGAAAUGCCCAGAAUCGCACACAACGAGUCGUGUUGGUCAUGCACGGAUUAUUAGGCUGCUCGGCGGAUUGGUUGUUACCAGGAAAAAACCGAUCGAUUGGGUUUCUUUUGGCUGAUAACGGGUAUGAUGUGUGGCUCGGUAACUCUCGCGGGACCACAAACUCGAAGAAUCACACUACAUUUUCUAUUGAAAGCGCUCAAUUUUGGGACUUCAGUUGGCACGAAAUGGGCGUUUUCGACAUGCCCGCUAUGAUAGAUUAUAUAUUAGCUCAAACUGGGGAGAAACAAUUGUUCUACAUAGGCUUUUCUCAGGGAACGACGCAAUUCUGGGUUCUAAUGUCCCUCCAACCGCAGUACAACAAAAAAAUUAAGCUCAUGUCUGCCUUGGCUCCCGUAGCUUACCUCGGACACCUCGACGGUAUACUGAGGCCACUGAGCUUCUUCGCGAAUUUGUUUAGGGGAUUUUAUAAGUAUACUGGAUACUUCGAAUUACUGCCGAACUCACCCCUAGAGAAAUUUAUAACGGGUGUGAUGUGCCGGCAGGGUAUGAUGACUCAACCCUUCUGUGAGAUGAUCAUCUCCUUAAUCGGAGGUUUCAGCACCGACAUAGAUCACGCGCAUUUGGCGGAUAACUUACAAUUUGCACCGGCGGGAUGCUCGUACAAGCAAUUUGUUCAUUACGCGAUGUUAAUUCAGAAUCCUGGACACUUUCGGCCUUACGAUUACGGUAUACUGAAGAACCUUCGGAAGUACAGGCGAUUCGUGCCGCCAGAGUAUCCUUUGAGGAGAGUCACGGCCCCGGUAAUAUUGUACAACGGUUUGAAUGAUUUCUUGGCAGAUCCACAGGAUGUGGAAUUAUUGAGCGGGAAAUUGCCGAAUAUUCUGGAGAAGUAUACGGUGACGUUAAAGCGACUGAAUCACUUCGACUUCAUAUUCGGCCUGCACGUAAGAGAACUCGUUUACGAUCAUUUAAUUGAGAACAUGAAUUCGGUUCUGUAGAAAAAUUCUCAAUUAUGUAGAACAAGUUCUGCAGAGGAAGAAUUCUCUAUUAUAUCGGGAAUCACUUUACGAUCGAUGAAAAGAAAAAAGCAGGCAAGGAAAUUCCGUUAUCAUGUUUUUUUUUUUACAUCGCUAAUGAACGCGAUUACCUCGUAUUUACUGCGACACGUUGAUCGGACACUUGAGAUCUUUCACGAUUGAAAAUCUUUCACGAUUGGUUUUGAUAUAUCAUUUGACUAUCAUCCAUGAAUCUUACGAUUACCUCAUCUACAAUUGUAUGAUAGUAUCAUAAAGUAUUGAUAUGAAAUUGUGAUCAAUUUUUAUAUAUCUGCGAUAUACAUACGAAGGAGGAGUCACUGUUAAGUUAAUGUUAAGCACGUCGACGUAAACGCACUUACGGCUUUAAGAAACUGAGAGCUCCCAUUACUUUUUUACUGAAAACAAGUUUUUACUAGACGCGAGAUAUUCUGAUGAAACGGCAAAACUAACAAGGAUAUUUUGCAUUAACGAGUAUCGGCGAGAUACGCGUCUAGAUAAAUUUAUAACACAUAGCCUUAAGUAUUACUAUUUAUUGUAUGUCAUACGAUUUUAUACACUAUUUUUGUGAAAGAGAAAAAUUGAAUGCGAUAUAUUUAAAGAUUGCAAUUGUACCACAAUGCUGUAUACGUUGACGAACUGAAUCGUACGUGAAACGUUGAAAACGCCGAGGGGAAGCCAGUGGAAGAUGCUGAAACAAAAUAAAACUUCUAGGACUCGUGCCGAAAUCUUUACGCGCAAAUUCAAUUUAUAAAAGGUAUCGAUUAAUCAUCGGGUCGAAUAAUGUUCUCAGUGUUAAUCACGUCAAAGCAUACUUUUCUUCUUAUCAAAACUUGGAUAUAUUUCCAAUCGGAUACAGGUCGUACGUCAUAUUUUCAGUAUGUUCGCAUAGGUAUAAUUGUAAUGCUUAUUUAUAUGUAAUAUUAUUUGUAUGUAACAUUGAACGUAACAUAAUAAUCUGAGUGUAAACAAUUUAUCUGUAUAGCUCCGCGACUGAAUUCUAUUAAUCACGCAUUUGAUAUUCACAUAUUUGUAUAUUUGGUACACUAAAAAGCAACUUCUUUCUCUCUCUCUCUCUCACUGUACAAAAUUAUACAUGUUUCUAACAAGUUUAUAACUCUAAUACCUAAUAAAAGUCUAUAAGUGGAAGAU